AUGGCUGAUCGUGAUGAAUGGAAGCAGCAAAAAAGACAAUUCAUUGACCGUUUCUUUCGAGAGAAAGUGCCCAAGGCUUUGGGAAAGGAGACUCUGUCGUCUUGCACGGAGGAUGCUUGCAUUCAAUUUGCAAAAUCGGCUUUGGGAACCGAACACCUCUCCCAUGUCGAUAACCAAGGCUCCAACAGCUUUACCCUCCAAACACCAGGUAUAAUCAUUCAAUUUCGCCUAAAGUCACUAAAGACCGACAUUAUUGCACUGGCCAACGAACUUUAUGGGCAUCUGGUGCCAAAAGUCAAAUCGCAUGGCGGAUUUCCAUUGCCGGUCUACAGUACAUAUCCCGGGCCAGUAACUCCCAGAAAUUAA